GGGACGCGAGUGAAGCGGGAGACACCACGGCACCACACUGAAGCUGUGUAUGUUUUGUUUUUUUUUUACUUCUGGUGUAGUGACAAUCCUGCGACAAACCCCAAGUUUUCCUAGUAAAUUGGACGACAUCCUUGCAGGGCUGGACACCGAUAAAAGUCAUCCCCAGGACCACUCUGUGUGAGAAGUGCAGCUAAUUUGACACCACCAUAAAACACACCCCUAUAGAAUUAAGAGACGUCAUGAGCUGAUCGCUGAACAUUGAGGAGGUUGUAUAAAAAGUAUAAAAAGUCACCAUUUUACUCGCGGGCUAAAAUUGAAAAGACAAAGAACAAUGGAUAUAGUUAUGGUUCGACAUUGUGUAGUUUGCUAUGACACGUCAAAGAAUAGAUAAAUGAGAUGCGAAAUGCCUGCAAAUAUCCAUCAGGACAGGUGUGGCGACGUGAAGCGGAACUGCGACUCAUUUACCUAUUUGAAAUCUGAAGCGAACAUCUUUUGUCAGUCUCUAUGAAGGACAUCGAGGCUGACGCUGUGAGACGACACCUGAAAAGCAAUGAACUGUCACCGAGUCUACAGCCUGAAGAAUGUUUUCCUGCUUUUCCUGGCCCUCCUCGUUCUUGGGAUUGUCUGCAUCUACUCUAAUAACAUACUCUACCUGGUUAAGCCUGUGGAUGGCGCUGAUAAAUGGGCAUCUCCAGGUUCUCCUGAAACAAAUGAAGUCAAAGGAAGAGAAGAACACCUGAACUUCAUUCAACCAACAUUAAAAAAACGGGUUCCCUGCACGUGCCGACAAGCACCUAACGUGUAUGAUCUGCCAGCUGUCUUGGAAGAGGAAGAGAGAAGCCGCAUACAAGCAAGGAGGACGGCUGAGUUUAAAAAGCAUCUGACCAGGGAAGCUUCUCCGCUGGACUCGCUUUUAGUAGCCCUGCCAAACUCUCCUCUCAGGUAUCCCAUCCAAGGAGUGCAAGUGACACCCCUCCAGACCAUCUCCAUCCCAGAACUCAGUGUGCAUCCAUCCUUCAGAAAACACUACAAGGUGUCAUUGAAAGCUAAUCUCGGGAUUUUUAGCAUCCGUUCCACAAAUGAAGUAAAUGAAGUGGUUGGAGAUAAAGAAAGUGAAAUUAACAUAAUGGCCUCAACGCAGGAAAAGCUGAACUCCAUACUGAAGAGCAUCACCUACACCAGCACGGUCUACAGGGUGAACACGGCUGACCUGGUUUGGUUUACUUUUGAAAAUUACACUGCAGUUUUUCCCAUUUUAAUAAGACAGCACACCAUUCCAAAGUUGAAUGAUCCCGGAGAAGGUUCAAAGAUCAGCUCUCUGGUUACCAUCACCACCAAAACCUUUCUCAGAUAUGCUCAGCUGAAGAAGUUGAUUGCCAGUGUUCGCCAGUUCUACUCAGAAAUCAAAAUCAUCGUUGCUGACGACAGCUUCAAACCUCAGACGGUCGAUGAGCCCAAUGUGGAGCAUUAUAUAAUGCCACCUGGUAAGGGAUGGUUUGCUGGCAGAAACCUUGCAGUCUCGCAAGUGACCACAAAGUACUUUUUAUGGGUGGAUGACGACUUCUUAUUUACUGCAGAUACCAAAAUCGAAAACAUGGUCCGGGUUAUGGAAGACAUGCCGGAAUUAGAUGUGGUUGGCGGUUCUGUUGAAGGAAACAAUUUCCAGUUCAGCCUGUUCUAUGAACAGGGUGAUGAAGAUGGGGGCUGCUUACACCAACAAAGUGGGCAUUUUCAGACAAUUCCAAAAUUCCCCCACUGCACACUCUCAAGUGGAGUUGUCAACUUCUUUCUGGCACGCACGGAUCAAAUUCAAAAAGUGGGCUUUGACCCAAAAUUAAACCGUGUGGCGCAUUCAGAGUUUUUCGUUGACGGGCUAGGAAGCUUGCUGGUAGCCUCGUGUCAGGGAGUGACGAUUGCUCAUCAGAAGCAAGAAGACGUCGACCCAGAGGUGCAAGCGGAAUACAGAAAAUUCCGAGAAAACACUCAAGCGCAGGUAAAUAUGAAGCUGUUUCUGCACUACUUCAAAAACCAGCUGAAAUGCUUCUCCCGAGGAUGAAGCCAAAUACUGAAGCUGAAUCUGAAGGACUUCUUGAAAUUAAUAAACAAGAACAUUAUUGCCAAAUGGACUGAUCAGUCCCGAAGGAAACGACUCUGUGGUUCAUCUCUCCGUUAAGGGUCUCCGUGGUGGACUUUAGUCAUUUUUUUUCCUCCCCCAACAUCCCUCUUGGUGGUGGUGGUGUUUUAUUUCCCGGAAAACUCCCUGCUUCAUAAUCCAUUAUGUCUGUACAAUAUUUUUAAAGUCUUUUGCAUACUGUAUACUGUACAGAAGACUCUGGUAAUGAUUGUUAAAUUAUUAAAUUAUUUGAAAAAUUUUCUUUGUUUAUUUGUAAAUUGCUUUUUAGUUUUAUCUUUGAAUCGUAUUAAUGAGUUUUAUUGGCAAGGUGUUACAGUGGUUACAAAUGGAUCCAGCAGUGUGGAGUCUGCAUGUGCUCUCUCUGCCGGCGUGGAUUGUCCUACAUGGCUUCUGCAAAAGGAAAA